GCCGUCCAGCUCUGAAAGAAGAGGAUGAUUCACAUUUCCAGGACACCAGAGUUCUCCAACUGUGGAAGCAUUAGCUCUCUCACAUCUUCUGACCAAGACCUGAGCUCCACAGCAAGAAGCAGAUCCAGACAAAGAUCUCACUCCUGUCACAGCCCAGAGGAGAAUAAUGGUGGGAAGACAGAGAACCAGGAGAGCUUCCUCAGACCGCGCUCCAGAUCAUUUUACAAUUAUGAGACAUCGGAGAGGUACGCUGACUUCAUGAUGGGAAAUAUUUCAAAGUCGAACGAGCGAGGAAGCUUGCAGCUCAAGUAUCAAGGGGGCAAAAAGGAGGAAAAAGAGGAGAAUACAUCUCCUGUUCGAAUAUCCUCGAAGAAAUCCAAGGCAAAACAAAGCAAGCAUUCACUCACAAGGGAUCUUAAUGGCAGUAGAGGAAGUCUUAAGUCAGUGUCCAUGAUGACCAUCUCAGAAUCAGAUAACUGGGAGAUUAGUUCAAACUCUGGGAUGAAGUAUGGACAGUUUGUGGACUGGGAAAAGAUUGAUCCCGAGGCUGCGGAAAAAUACCAGCAGAUCCUGAACAGCGCUCACCACCAGAUGAAAAAAAUGGGCCGAGAAGGUUUUUGGGCCACGCCGCACACUCUGAGGGCCAAAGCAUACUAUCACAUCAUCCACAGCAUCAACUCCAGCAGGACAGCCACUCCAGAGAGAGACAAUUACUACGAACUGGCCAAGAAUCUAUUUGGAGAACAUAAAAUCAGCAACCACCCAGUCCCAGAAUAUAUGGAGGAUGGAGAAAUACCACGAUACUGCCUCAACAAAGCAGGCCUGAAUUCAGUCAAGCGGAUCCUUCUUUGCCUCGGCAAAUACUUUCCAGACAUGAACUUCUGCCCCAUCCUUCCGGCCCUGGUCUCCCUCCUCCUCCACUUCAGCCAGGACGAAGCGGAGUGUUUCUACAGCGUCUGUCGUCUGAUCUGCUACAACGAUCCCAACAAGCGUUACAUUGAUCAGACCUUCCUCACCUACCGUGCUUCCUGCAUGACCUUCGGAGACCUCGCUAACAAGUGCUGCAGAGGCAUCCGGAAGCUCAUAGCCAGCUCUCACCAGAACCUGUUUGAGUUUUACUCCGACUGGAUCAUGUGGAUAUUUGCUGACCUGCCGUUCACGUACGCCAUCAGAGUUCUGGAUGUCUACUUAUUGGAGGGUUUCAAGGUCCUCUACAGGGUGGCACUGGCUCUGCUCAGCCUUUACAAAGUCUCAGUGUCAUCUCGAGUAGCAGAUGUGGAGGACUUCAGGACAGACAUGAAAAGAUUUGUGCAGAAUGUUGUUCGUCACUGCACAGCGGAGAAGCUUCUGGAGCAAGCCUUCAUGAUACCAAUGGCCACACGGAGAGAGCUCAACCUCCUUUUCAAUGCCAACAAGGACUCCCUCAUGCAAAAAGGUGUCAGCAUCCACCAGAAGAGGCAGUCAGUGGAGACAGUCGACUUUGAAAACUUCAGCUCCAGCGUUGUAACGGGGACGGAGAUGAGAGUGGUCUGGGCCUGGAUACCUGAACGCUUUGCUCUUUUCAGUCCCAUUAGGUUGUUCAGUACAGCUGAACACGGCAGAAGCCUUGCUUCAUUCUACUCACACGUGGAGGGACAUGAACCCACAGUCUUGAUAAUCAAAACUUUGGAUGAAGAGGUGUUUGGUGCUUUCCUGUCAACGGAUUUGAUAGAAAGAAGAAAAUAUGACUGUAAUGAAGUUACAUACUUUGGAACCGGGGAAUGUUUUGUUUUCACGCUGCGUCCCAACAUGGAGCGCUACCAGCAGACGGUGGUCAACAUCAUGACCCGAAAAGCUUCUCCACAGCAGAGUCAGACCGGUGUUGGUGCAUCCUCUCAGAUUCUGAAAAGCAGCAAUACCCUCAGUGUUUCUGCCGCAUUGCUCACCUGUCCUGCUGGGACGCCCCAGAAUCCCAGCUACUUGACAGUCCCCUUCGCUGCACCUGCAGAGGAGCCCAUGACGGCAAAGGAGCCCAAGAGACACAAGGAGCAAGAAGCCUCCAUGUUCAUUGCUGGCAAUGACAGUCAGCUUGUUAUCGGUGGUGAUGGGGGCCACGCACUCUGCCUGCAGGCAGACCUGGAAGGAGGGCACACCGAGUCCUGCGACACAUUCAAGAACAUCCCACUCUGCAAGAGUCAUUUCAAGAUUCAGUCUUUGGAAGUGUGGGGCAUCCAGAACUCUAUUUCCUUCUCUCAGUGUUUUCCCUCCCAGUGAAUUGAAAUGAGAGCAACCUUGUAAAUACGUGAACCUGUUUUUCAUCAUGCUAUUAAAGUGAAUUGAAUUUUUCAA